AUGUCAGAAGAACCAGCAUCUGCGCCGAUAAUGCCGUCCAGUGAGGCAUCACCUCAGGUGGAAAAGAAGGAAAAACGUCCGCUACACUUUGAAGACGAAGCGAAUCUCUUUAAGACUGUAUGCCGUACGUUUAUGCGCACCAAAAAGUGUGUACGCACCGACUGCAAAUUCGUGCACGACAAGCAGCUGUGUCAAUUCUUUUGGAAGACUGGACAGUGUAAAUUCGGUGACGAAUGCCGUAAGAACCACUUCGUGACACAGCAUCAUCCGACAGCUGAGGACGAGGAGGAAGCUGCUGCUGCUGCUGUUAUUGCAGUUGUUUCGGGUGGAACGGAAGAGGAGAAGAAGAAAACAAUUAAGAAGCAAAAAGACAAGAAAUCUAGGAAAAACAAGGUUAAUAAUGGCCAAAAGCUAAGGACGGACAAGUCUGAAGAGGAAGAAGAUAGUAAUUCAGACAAUCAGAGGAAAGAAAAUGACAAGAAAGCUAAGAAAAAGACAAAAAGUAAUAGACGCCAGGCCACGAAGAAAAACACCGAGAGCUUUGAACCUAUGACCAAGCCAGUCGAUCUGCGUGUCACGUACGACUUGGGCUCCAAGGACGAUAAGUUCUCCACGUCGCUGACUACGCGUGAUGUGGUGCUUGUACCUAAUCUCUUCACGGACUUUAAGAAGGGUGAGCUGUACGCCAAGCUCAUGCACGAGUUGGACAAUUGCGGUAUUUCACGCAAGGAGCUGCUGAAGAUGUGGCAUGGAAACAACAAGAUUGAUGGAACUCACUUCAUUGUGGACGACCACUCCAGUUGGAAGGCCAAGUGUCCCACGUUCGACCUCGUCACUGACCGACUGAAAAAGUUUUUCAAUUUGGACAUCAAGGCCACUCGCUUUAACUGGUACGAAGACACUUCACAAUGGAAGCCAUUUCAUUUCGAUGCUGCCGGUGUUAAGCCCCAUAUUGCUGCUAUUCAAAACUUCACGGUCGGAAUCUCGUUCGGUGCCACUCGUGAUGUUGCUUUUGAACAUGCCGAUACGAAGACCGUCGUGAGUAUGCCUCAGCCGGAUGGAUGCGUUUACGCAUUCUCGAAGGACACGAACGUGUUUUGGCGCCACGGCAUUCUUCAGGACGUGCCGGUGCGAGAAGAAGGCCGCAUCUCGGUGAUCGCGUGGGGCUGGGUGGACAACAUGAUGGACGUUGCAUCUCAUGCUGCGACUCCUGCUUUGUCUCUUGCUGCGACUCCUGCUUUGUCUCUUGCUGCGACUCCUGCUUUUUCUCUUGCUGCAUCUACUGCUGUGUCAGCGUCGUAG